CGCCCCUGCUCCGCUGUGCCGCAUCUUCAUUGGUGGACUCCGGACAAGGAUUUGGCCGGGAUGGGCCAGGUGCGGACACCUCCAAGAAUAAGGUCCUCACCGAGGCUGGCGCUCCUGAGGGGUGGCGCCCAGACCCGGUUCCGCACUCUGGCUCCUGCAUGAAACGUGGGGCCCCGCCCGGGUCUGCCCCACCCAGGCCUCGGCAAUCAGUUCCUGGUCCGCGGCGCUGCGCCCUGGGGCGCCCAUUGCCCCGGCCGGCGCGGGCCGGACCUCCCCUGGCUAUAGCCCCUCCAUCGCGGAAAGGCGCAGGCGCCUGGCGCCGCUUCUCGGCAGCUUCCAAGCCCUGGUCCAUACCUUCCUCGCUUCCAGUCUCUCCUGCCACGCUCGGCUCCGGGAGGCCCCGGCUGGGUGGGAGGGUGGGCAGGGGUGGGGCGCCCUUGGCCCCGCUCCGGCCGGGGGCUCUUAGUGGCCGCAGCCCUGUUACCGCCUAGAUGGCGCACAAGGCCGAGCCCCCCGACGGGGGCUGGGGGUGGAUGGUGGUGCUCUCAGCCUUCUUCCAGUCGGCGCUGGUGUUUGGGGUGCUCCGCUCCUUCGGCAUCUUCUUCGUGGAGUUUGUGGCGGCGUUUGAGGAGCAGGCAGCGCGCGUCUCCUGGAUCGCCUCCAUAGGCAUCGCGGUGCAGCAGUUUGGAAGCCCAGUGGGCAGUGCCCUGAGCACGAAGUUCGGGCCCAGGCCCGUGGUGAUGACAGGGGGCAUCUUAGCUGCGCUGGGGAUGCUGUUUGCCGCCUUCGCUACCUCCCUGACCCAGCUGUACCUGAGUAUUGGGCUGCUCUCAGGCUCCGGCUGGGCCUUGACCUUCACCCCGACCCUGGCCUGCCUGUCCCGUUACUUCUCUCGCCGUCGAUCCCUGGCCACAGGGUUGGCACUGACGGGUGUGGGCCUCUCCUCCUUUGCCUUUGCCCCCUUCUUCCAGUGGCUGCUCGGCCACUAUGCCUGGCGGGGGGCCCUACUGCUGGUGUCUGCCCUCUCCCUCCACCUUGUGGCCUGUGGUGCCCUCCUUCGCCCGCUCUCCCUGGCUGAGGAUCCUGCCAUGGGUGGCCCUUGGGCCCAAAUCACUUCCCUCCUCCAUCAUGGCCCCUUCCUCCGUUACACAGUCGCCCUCACCCUGAUCAACACUGGCUACUUCAUCCCCUAUGUUCACCUGGUGGCCCACCUCCAGGACCUGCAUUGGGACCCCCUGCCUGCUGCCUUCCUACUCUCGGUGGCUGCUAUUUCUGACCUCGUGGGGCGCGUGGCCUCUGGGUGGCUGGGGGAUGCAGUGCCAGGGCCUGUGGCACGACUCCUGAUGCUCUGGACCACCCUGACGGGGCUGUCACUGAUCCUGUUCCCCAUGGCUCAGGCUCCCAGAGCUCUGGUUGCUCUGGCUGUGGCCUACGGCUUCACAUCGGGAGCCCUGACCCCAGUGGCUUUUUCCGUGCUGCCUGAACUGGUGGGGACUGGAAGGAUAUACUGCGGCCUAGGACUGGUGCAGAUGGUAGAGAGCAUCGGAGGGCUGCUGGGGGCUCCUCUGUCAGGUUACCUCCGGGAUGUGACAGGAAGCUACAUGGCUUCUUUUGUGGUGGCUGGGGCUUUCCUCCUUGCAGGGAGCGGAGUUCUCAUCACCCUGCCCCACUUCUUCUCCUGCUUCUCACCUCCUACCUCCGAGCCUCAGGACCUUGUCACAGAGGCACUGAAUACAAAAGUCCCAUUGCCCAAGGAGGGGCUGGGAGAGGACUGCUCCACAUCUCCUGCCCCAUCGUGGUCCCCACAGAACCACAGUGCCUUAAGCAUCUUGAUCUGUUUCUCCCCAGGCAGGCCUGGGGCUUCUGUAAUGUGUGUGCCAACCUUUGUUCUUUUGUGGAGGAUUCAUCUCUUCUCUCUUGCUCCCACCAACCUUUUCUGAAGGUUCAGGGAGUUCAGCCUGCCCCACCAAGCUGUGAAUCAACGGUGAAAAUCAAGGACCAAGAAGCGUAUGUUUUAUAUGUGAUCGCUGGUGUUGCCUCCUGUUUCUUCUCUGAAGACAGAGAGGUGGAAAACAGGGACGUCCCUCUGAGAUGAAACUAAAUAAGAAAACUGAAUAAUAAUUGACUUCAAAAGA